GACCUGACCAGAUUUUAUGACAAGGUACUUUCUUUGCAUGAGGAUGUGACAAUCCCUGUAGUGAACCCUCUACUUGCCUUUACUCUCAUCAAACGUUUGCAGUCUGACUGGAGGAAUGUGGUACAUAGUCUGGAGGCCACUGAGAACAUCCGAGCUCUGAAGGAUGGUUAUGAGAAGGUAGAGCAAGACCUUCCUGCCUUUGAGGACCUCGAGGGAGCAGCAAGGGCCCUGAUGCGGCUGCAGGAUGUGUACAUGCUCAACGUGAAGGGCCUGGCCCAGGGUGUCUUCCAGAGGGUCACGGGCUCCUCCAUCACUGACCUGUACAGUCCCAGGCAGCUCUUCUCCCUCACAGCGGAUGACUGCUUCCAAGUAGGCAAGGUGGCCUAUGACAUGGGGGAUUAUUACCAUGCCAUCCCAUGGUUGGAGGAAGCUGUCAGUCUUUUCCGAAGAUCUUACGGGGAGUGGAAGACGGAGGAUGAGGCCAGUCUGGACGAUGCCCUCGAUUACCUGGCUUUUGCCUGUUUCCAGGCAGGAAAUGUUUCAUGUGCCCUCAGCCUCUCCCGAGAGUUCCUUCACUACAACCCAGAUAAUAAGAGGAUGGCCAGGAAUGUGUUGAAAUAUGAAAGGCUCUUGUCACAGAACACUCUCCAGAUGGCAACUGAAACUGUCAUUCAGAGGCCCAACGUGCCCAACCUCCAGACCAGAGACACAUACGAGGGGCUGUGCCAGACUCUGGGCUCCCAGCCCACACACUACCAGAACCCCAGACUCUACUGCUCCUACGAGACCAAUUCCAGCCCCUACCUGCUGCUCCAGCCUGCCCGCAAGGAGGUCAUCCACCUGAGACCCUUUGUGGCUCUCUACCAUGACUUUGUUAGUGAUGCAGAAGCUCAGAAGAUUAGAGAGCUUGCAGAACCGUGGCUCCAGAGAUCCGUGGUGGCUUCAGGGGAAAAGCAGUUACCAGUGGAGUACCGAAUCAGCAAAAGUGCCUGGCUGAAGGACACGGUUGAUCCCAUGCUGGGGACUCUUGACCACCGCAUUGCUGCCCUCACAGGCCUUGACAUCCAGCCUCCCUAUGCAGAGUAUCUCCAGGUGGUGAACUAUGGAAUUGGAGGGCACUAUGAGCCUCACUUUGACCACGCUACGUCACCAAGCAGCCCCCUGUACAGGAUGAAGUCUGGAAACCGAGUCGCAACAUUUAUGAUCUAUCUGAGCGCAGUAGAAGCUGGAGGAGCCACGGCCUUCAUCUAUGCCAACUUCAGUGUGCCUGUGGUUAAGAAUGCUGCACUGUUUUGGUGGAACCUACACAGGAGUGGAGAGGGAGAUGGAGACACACUUCAUGCUGGCUGUCCCGUCCUGGUGGGAGAUAAGUGGGUGGCUAACAAGUGGAUACAUGAGUAUGGACAGGAAUUCCGAAGACCGUGCAGCACCAACCCUGAAGAUUGAAGCAUUGGCAGAUGGCAGCUUGUCAGAGAAGCCAGGAGCCAAAGCCACGGGCAGAGAGGGGUGAAGUCUCCCGAAGGAAGAAGGCCUCACAGCAGGGCCUUGUGAGUGGGAGUCAAGGAAUGGUCUUUACCAGGAACAACUCCCCACUCCCUGGGAGAAUUUGCAUUUGGUUCCACUCCAGCUGUGAGAAGGGGCAAUACAUAAGAGGCCUGAGAGGUUUCCAGUGCUGAUGCCCUUGGGAAUGAAACAGAUGAGCUCAGUAUAGAACACUUGCUUAGCAUGGGCAAAUACCUACCUGGGCUCUGUCCACUAGCACUGAACACAUACUACACACAUAUACAUUACACAAACACCACCCCCCCCACACACACACAUACACUCAAACGCACACACAAGCACAUACAUGCACACAAUCUGGAAAUAUCAGGCUGCUCCAACAGGAGCAUCUGACACAGAGGUCUCCAUUCCCAUCACCAGUGGGGAUGACUUUUUUUUUUUUUUAGUUUUUUGAGACAGGGUUUCUCUGUGGCUUUGGAGGCUGUCCUGGAACUAGCUCUUGUAGACCAGGCUGGUCUCAAACUCACAGAGAUCCACCUGCCUCUGCCUCCCUUCAUAGGCAUGCGCUAUGAAUGCCCGGCGACUUUUUUUUAAAGUGGAAAGAAAUUUUGUUUUCUUUUUCUAUGAGUUUUGGUUGUCAUUAAAAUGUUUUAAAGUCA